AUGAAGCCGCACGGGCUGCCGCCGGCGCCCAACCAGCGGUGGCCGGCCCUCCCGGCCGCGGCGCUCCUCCUGCUCCCCGUCGCUCUCCUCGCCUUCGUUCUCCUGGUCGUCUACCCCAACGAGUUCGCCCUGCAGGCGUCGCUGGCCGCUGGCGCCGCCGCGUGUGGUGACCAGGGUGGCGGCGGCGUCGCAGGAUCAGGCACGGUGCGCGACGGCGCAGUCGUCGUCGUUGGCGGCGAGGUGCGGGCGGCGCCGGACUUCCGGCUGCUGAUCGGCGUGCUGACACUCCCCGGCCGGUACGAGCGGCGGCACCUGCUGCGGACGGUGUACGCCCUCCAGCAGCCGGCGGUGGCGCCGAGGGCGCGGGUCGACGUCCGGUUCGUCUUCUGCCGGCUGGGCUCGCCGGAGGACCGCGUCCUGGUGGCGCUGGAGGCGAUGCGCUACGGCGACGUGGUGGAGCUGGACUGCCCCGAGAACAUGGACAACGGCAAGACCCACGCCUACUUCUCCAGUGUGCCGCCCCUGUUCGGCGACCGCGCCUACGACUUCGUCAUGAAGGCCGACGACGACACCUUCUUCCGGCUGCCGGAGCUCGCCGAGUCGCUCGGCCGCGCGCCGCGGCAGGACCUCUACUACGGCUGCAUGGUGCCGUGCGACUACGUCCGCGGGUCGAACGAGUACAUGUCCGGCAUGGGGUACGUGCUGUCGUGGGACCUCGUGGAGUGGAUCGUCGCGGCGGCGCCGGAGAUCGAGGGGAAGACCGACGGGCCGGAGGACCGGACGCUCUACUCGUGGCUCCGCCGCGGCGGCAGGGGCAAGAACCGGGUGGACGUGAAGCCGGCCAUGUACAACUUCCCCGGGUGGCACCCGUGCUCGCACGAGUUCAUACCGGACACCAUCGCCGUGCACCAGCUCAAGGACAACGGCCGCUGGGCGAGGACGCUCCGCUACUUCAACUUCACCGCCGGCCUCAAGCCGUCCGGCUCCGGCCAACUUCUCCCCGGCGAUGAUAAGUUGAUCUCGUCAUGA